AUGCGCGCCAACUUUAUGCCUCCGGCGUCUGCUUGUGGAUAUAAUGUCUCCUAUAUUUACACUAAACUCGUUCCGACCCAACCUAUCAACGCUUGUUCCCGAAUCUCCAAUGCCAAUGAAGUUCAAAACGGAAUCGCUUUCGUCAUCAGGGGCUGUUCUAGUGGUUGCAGUUUCGUAACAAAAGCCAGUUUUGCGCAGGCUGCCGGUGCUGUGGCAUUCAUUUCCUACGACUAUCAGAAUAACUCUGCGCGAAUUCUCAAUAUGUUACCUGAUGAAACAUCGACUAAAGUCUGGAUCCCUUGUGCUUUCAUGCAGGGUAGCCAUGCCCAACAUCUACUGGAACUGAUGGAAUUGGACAAUAAGACCUAUUUGGACGUGGACUUCCCCGUUGACCAGACUGGUGCGCUUAUAAUCUUGGAUAAGUACUCGCCCAUGCGACUGCGUUGA